AAAAGAUAAACAAAAAAACAAUGGGAAAGAGAAACAUACAAAAGAAGAAGUUUUUGACCCUAACCCUCGAUUUCGUUUUACAUCUCUCUCUUCUUCUACCUUCAUUCAUUUCAAUUUCCUAUCUAAAAAACUGACAAAUCAUAUUUCCAUCAUCAUCAAUUUCAUCAAAUUACCUUCCUAAAUUUGAUAAUUCAAUUAACAAGAGUUGUUAGCGAACAAAAAUCAAAGAAUUUGCUAUCAAAUUUAUCUUCUUUCUACAACAUCCAAGACCCGGAUCUUCCAAAAAUUUCAAAGGGUUGGUUGUUUACUACAAAUUUUAACCAAAUUUGUAGCCUUUACAUGUUUGAGUAAGAAUUUAGAAUUCAAUUUAUAUGAUUUUGAGUGGUAAGUUCAAAAAUAUUGAGAAAUUGGGGGUUCAGUUGACCCACUGAACCCCUUGGGGUGGUUUUGAUGGAUGAAGAAGUAUGUCGCAGUGAUGGCGGUGAGCUAUUGGAUGAGUUGCCAUCAUCUUCGCCGUCUAUCGGUUCGGGGUUUUGUCCUCGGCAGCUGGUUUUCCGUCCAUAUCAAUCGAGUAAUAAGCCUACGACUUUAAGGGUUGUGGUUAGAAAACCGUUGGUAUCGAAACUUACGAAGCACAUAGUUGAAACGUAUCAAGUAUGUAAUGCUGAUUUCAAGUAUACUGAUGAACUUAAUCCCAAGAGGUUUUUAACAAGUCCAUCUGAUGGAGUGUUCAAUAAUGGCCAUGAUAAUGCAAAUUCGGAUCUUAUUCUUUCCGUAAAUUAUGUGUUGGUGAAUUCACAGACACAGCAAAGAUACAUUGUCAAAGAUAUUCUUGGACAUGGGACAUUUGGACAGGUUGCCAAGUGUUGGGUGCCUGAAACUAGCAGUUUUGUAGCAAUCAAGAUUAUUAAAAACCAGCCUGCUUACUAUCAACAAGCAUGGGUCGAAGUCUCAAUCUUGACGACGUUAAAUAAGAAGCUUGAUCCUGAAGAUAAGCAUCAUAUUGUUCGCAUUCAUGAUUACUUUGUAUUUCAGCGUCAUCUAUGCAUUUCUUUUGAAUUGCUAGACACAAAUUUGUAUGAGCUGAUAAAACUAAACAAUUUCAGAGGGCUUUCGUUGAGUAUUGUACAAUUGUUCUCAAAGCAGAUUUUGCGUGCUUUGGGACUGAUGAAAGAUGCUGGUAUUAUUCACUGUGAUCUGAAGCCAGAGAACAUUCUUCUAUGCACAAGUAUGAAACCAGCAGAAAUAAAAAUUAUUGACUUUGGAUCUGCCUGCAUGGAAGAUAAGACAGUUUACUCUUAUAUUCAGAGUCGUUACUAUAGGUCCCCAGAAGUGCUUCUUGGCUAUCAAUAUACUACUGCCAUUGACAUGUGGUCAUUUGGAUGCAUUGUUGCUGAGUUGUUUCUAGGCCUCCCUUUAUUUCCUGGAAUAUCCGAGUUCGAUCUUCUAAAAAGGAUGAUCCGAAUACUUGGGGGUCAACCCCCUGAUUAUUUACUUAAGGAGGCAAAAAGCACAAACAAGUUUUUUAAGUUUGUCGGAAGUGUUGAUCAUGUAGAUGCUGGCCAUGUUUCUACGAGGGGAAAAAGUGCUUACCAAGCAUUAUCUGAGGAAGAAUAUGAAGCAAGGGAGAAGAAGAAACCUGGUAUUGGAAAAGAAUAUUUUAAUUAUAUGAAUCUGGAAGGAAUUGUUGCAGCCUAUCCUUACAGGAAAAAUUUACCUGAAGAAGAUAUAAUGAAAGAAAGGCAAGUACGGUUAGCUCUCAUUGAUUUUCUAAGGGGCCUUGUGGAGUUUGAUCCUGCAAAACGGUGGUCUCCGUUUCAGGCUUCAAAACAUCCUUUUGUGACUGGAGAGCCAUUCACAAGUCCUUAUCAACCUCCUAUUGAGACUCCACGUGUGCCGGUAAGCCCAGUGUCACAAAACUUCAAGGUGGACCAUCAUCCUGGUGGAGGGCACUGGUUUGCAGCUGGUCUAUCUCCUAAUGUUCCAGGACUGACUGCAUCGAUGCAUACUGCUCCACACAUUCAGAUGGCUCCAUAUGCACACGGCAGUAGCUAUGGUAGUUUAGGAAGCCAUAAUAGUUAUAAUGAUGGUAAUGUACUUGGAAGUAGCUAUGGGAGCUAUGGGGAUAAUUUUAAUACAUUUACGUAUUUUUCUCCUGUUGGUCCAUCUGCAAUGAAUUUUCACACUCAAGGGGGUAUGACCAUGGUUGGUACUAGCCCUGAUGCAAGGUGGAGAGUUUUUCAAAGGCCACAAGGACUUGGUGUUAGUCCGUCUGCAGGAAAUUUUGCACCAUUACCCCUUGGAACUAGUCCUUCACAGUUUACUCCACCAAGUGGUUUCAUUCAAAAUUCUGGUUCUCCUGGACAUUAUGGUGGUGCAUCUCCUGCAAGAGGAAAUUGUCAGGGAUCUCCUCUAGGAAAAGGUAUUGCUGUUAGCAAUUUUAGCCGGAGGAAAAGUUGGGGAUAUUCUGGAAAUAUGCAGUCUCAAGAGAGUACAUCCUCUUUGCAUGGUCAAGGACAAUUGACUGAGAGUCCUUGCUUUAUACAAGGUGAGGGUAACUCACAGGUACCUGGUGGUCCAAUGCAUAUGCCUAUAAACUCUAACACUACAAGCUGGAAGCAGCCACCUGUAAGUAGUAACUUAAGUAAUGAUCACUCCCUUUCCCAUAUGCCAAGUUCUAUUUUGGGUGGUUCAAAUCUGCAAUUUUCAAAAAUCAAAGGAUCUGCUGAUGAGAAGCUUGAUGCAACAGCAUUGCCUGAUCCUGGUGAUUGGGAUCCAAACUAUAGUGAUGAACUACUGCUGCAAGAGGAUAGUUCUGAUGUGAGCAGCAUCACUUCUGAGUUUGGUAGGGUGGUGCAUAUAGAUCAAGCUACAGCAUCGCCACAAACUUUUGGUAUUGGCAAAUACAGCCAUGAUUCAAAUACAAAUUCUUGUGCAUCGUGGAGGCCCAGUGGACCUAUACAAGGAUUUCCAAAACCAGAGAUGAGCAGCCCACCUUCUGUGUACAAUAUGCCUCCUGGGUAUGGUCGUUCUAUGUCAAGGCCACCACAAUUUAUGUCACAGUUAUCACCAACGUCUCUGAGUCGUUUGGGGCAGCCGCCUUUUCAGCGUACCAAUCAUGGGAGAUCAUCUGUUACUCAUGGGAAUGAGGGAAAUCAUAUAAAAUCACAGAACAGUUCUUUCAGCUAUGAUCCUGGAAAUCCACAUUCUCUUGGAGGUAGCUCCUUCAAUAACAGUACACCAUGGGGUCGUAGAACAAACCAACUUGUCAACAUUCCACCGUCAUCUCGUGGAAGAAAAGACUAUGGAAGGAUAUCGUGAUCUUGCAAACUCCUAGUAUAUCACCUCCAUUAUCAUAUUUCUGGAGCUAGCAAGGAAGCUCCACUUUACUUCCUUCUUUUGUGAGCUUGUGCUGUAGAAUUUUUCCAUCCUUAACAUGCUCAUUCAUUGUCUUUGGAAAUUAUCUGUCAUUUAUAUGAAUUUUGAAGUAAAUCUUCUGGUUUGCUUUCAUGAUGUUACCUUCUA